AUGUCGACUAUUCCAGAGUACCCAGGGGUUCAGCUCGUUCAGCAGUCGUUCCCAAGGGUCUCGGCUCUAUUGGUGAAGUAUGCCAGUCGGAAGAUCAACACUAAGCUGGCAGCGCUGGGGGCUCAUCUAUGCGCCUUCGCGGAGGAGACGUCUUCCUUUUCUGACGGCAUCAAGAGAGCCCUGGAGAGAGAUCGGAGAAUCGACAGGCUCUUGUCUCAAGUCGAGCAAGUUAUCUGUUUCCAAGACACAUCUGUACAAACGAUCGCCAAGUAUCCUACGCUUCGAAAGGUUGCUGCUGCGCAGUCUUUCGUAGAAGACACAGAAGCUGGCGGUGUAUCCGGCCUUUUUGGCCUUGAUACCUUCUUCUGGGGAGACAAUAGCCAGGCAAGUUCAUCGCUCGCGACAAACAUCAAGAAAGCAGUCUCAAAGCGAAGGAUUGAUUACGACUCACUUUUCGAAAUUUUGGACCUGUGUUCCGAGAUAACAGCAAAAGAUGACCUGGUUGAAUCGACUGAUCUUGACGCAAAUUCGAGAUAUGAGGAUGUAUCAGAUUAUACCAAACGUGCAAAAGAAGUUCGAAAGAUUCUCGCCAACCACGCACUAUGCAGUUGCACAGAUGCAGAAAACCCAGCAAACACCAGACACCGGGCACGGCUGAGACUGAAGCCCGUUUACUCGGCAGAUGAUCACCAUCAGCUGCGGUUCGAUAUGCUAUUUUCUGCCACCCUAAACCCUCUCCAAGGAGGGACAUUGAAUUGGCAGGAGGUUCAAAUUCUAUUGUCUACCAGGAAAGCUAGCAAGGGCAAGACAAUACAUUUCGCAGGAGACCCCGUACCUCAGAGACAGGGAGCUGAAGAACACCAUGGCCAAAUGAGCAUACAAGACUCUAAGAUCGUUGACAGCCUCUGUGAGCUCAUUAUCGGCGACUAUGGGUCUGUGUUGUAUUUCAAGGUAAUUCAAGAGCGGCUAACGGUCUUACUGGAUCCACCAGGGCCGAGCCAUCUGGGGAACUCAUUUGCAGCACAAGUCGGACUGCGUCUUGGAGAUAUCCUGGAAAGGUUCGACAUGAGGUACGGAAUGAGGCCAGUACUUGCGUACACGAUAGCCAAGGCAGUAUGGCUCCACUAUGAUUCGGACUGGAUGAGCGUAGCGACAAGCAGUGACGACAUUUUCUUCAUGGGGGAGGAAGACGACGGAGACACCAACUACUUCUGCAAGCCUUAUCUCUCGACGGAUAUUCAUACAGAAUUUCAGCAGCGAGAGCCGGAAUGUCGACAGGUCAUCGGCAUGAUGCACCGUUAUCCUCGCGUUCUGGCUCUCGGAAUAGUCCUUGUUGAGAUCGCAACAAGGCAGCAUAUCUAUUUCGAGAGCCAUCCGAGUACUUGGACGCCCAAAUACGCGAACGAAGUACUCACAACAUUGCGAAAGUCAUUACAGAACGAGAGUUUUCAAGAAGAUUGCCAUUUCCCUCGUUACAAGCUAGCUGCUGCGAAGUGUCUGGACCCGAUAUUGUUCAAGAACGCGCCCUUCAAUCCAGGGAGACCCGAAGAGAAUCUUGAAGCGAGGCGCACAAUACUACACGAUGAAAUUGUGGAGCCUUUGAGGAAGUUGAUUGAGGGAACAGGCUGGGAUGCCGAGUUUGACGAAAUGGAACGAACGGCAAUGGUUCCGAGGCACCGUGAACGUGAGCCAUUGAAACAUCUACCCGCAAAUAGAGUCCCGAAAGCAGGCAGCGAAAUGAACCCGCUGUCUUCCUUGGAAAGCUACAAGAAAAGCCGUUGGAUUGAACAGGUAUCUCAGCUUAACCACAUGGUAAGAAAAGACAAAAAGCAAGGCACGAAGAGCAGCCGCAUCAAGCUUGCCAUUCUGGACACUGGAUAUGACACCAACGCGCCGACCUUUGACAUUCCGAGCAGGUCAAAGAACAUUACGUGGCACGACUUCGUAUCAAAUUCGAUCCAUCCUGUAGACACUGACGGCCACGGAACGCACCUUCUGACACUACUUUUAAAGCUGGAGGUCCAGGCUGACAUCUUUGUUGCUCGCAUCACUGAGAACAGCCAGUCUCUCAAAACGGCCGAAAUAAACGUCGCCCAAGCAAUCCACAAAGCGGCCCAUGAAUGGGACGUUGACUUCAUUUCACUGUCAUUUGGCUUUCCGCACCACGUUAAGGGUAUACGAGACGCCAUAAAUGACGCAGUUCAUCACAAAGACGGAGCGAUCACAAUUCUAGCGGCUGCCAACAACGACGGCUUUAACAGCUGGGAGAUGUUCCCAGCAAACCUUGGUGACAAAGUCAUAUCGAUUCGUGGCACAAACGAGGAUGGGGCCUUCGACCCUAGAUUUAACCCUCCAAUGAGCUCGAGCGAGUCUGUAUUCGGGACCCUUGGUGUCGACGUGCAUUCAGAUUGGAUUGGUCAUGAGCUAAGCCGUUCAAUGUCCGGCUGCUCCGUCGCAACUCCAAUUGCAUUGUCAAUUGCAGUGAUGGUUCUUAAGUACGCAUCAAACCGGACAGAUCAUUUCAGCCCGCAGGACUUGAGGUUACUUAAAACUCGAAGAGGCAUCUUUGAGUUGUUCAAGGAGAUUAGCAUUCCAGCUGGAAAUGAGCGACAUUACCUGUCUCCCUUCGAGCUUUUUAAGCUGCGUGAGGACGUUCGCCUAGCACGGUUGAAAUCGGCUCUGGGUAGACAUCCAGAAAGAUUGGGAGCUUAG